AUGGCAGCUAGUGCUACCAUGAACCCCUCGCUUCCUCUGGAGCUUGUGGACAAAUGUAUAGGAUCCAGAGUUCACAUCGUGAUGAAGAGUGAUAAAGAAAUUGUUGGCACACUUCUAGGAUUUGAUGACUUUGUCAAUAUGGUAUUGAAAGAUGUCACUGAAUUUGAAAUUACACCAGAAGGAAGAAGAAUUACUAAAUUAGAUCAUAUUUUGCUAAAUGGAAAUAACAUAACAAUGCUAGUUCCUGGAGGAGAAGGACCUGAAGUUUGAGUGGAUCUCCUUGACCUAUGUUAAGAUUCUGGUGUUAUUUUAUUUUUUCAUCUUUUCUAGAUUCUUUUUGUUACAUCAACAAAACUUGCUUUUUAAAAAAAAAAAUUUAAAAAGACAAAAAUGUUAAUGUUUGGAUCACUGAAGCUAAGUUUCCUGUUGAAGGGAAAUGCUUUAAAAGUGGAUUGUAAAUGCCCGUUUUUGUAAAUUAAUCAUGAUUGUAUUGGGAAGAAAAGGACUGUUUAAUCUUUGUAGAUUAAAGUAAAAGUGUU